GCGAAUUUAAAUGUGACAGUAGUGACAGUAGCAUAUUUACUUUUGUUAAUGUUUACAAAAUUUUGAUGCAAAAAUAGUUUUGUAUAAUAUUCUUACAAGUUAUCUUUGCCUUUAAAUAGAAACGUUUCAAUAAAUGAGUACAAGUAACAAACCCGAAGAUAGUCGCCGUCCAGGUGCCAAUAAGGAUGGCGAUUGGAUCUGUCCCGAUUCUGAAUGCAAGAACAUGAACUUUGCCCGUCGCAGUCAAUGCAACCGAUGCGGUACUGAGCGUCCUCCCGUUAGUUCUUCGGAAAAAAAUAUCGGAGUGUCCUCUAGCAAUGAUACGCCUCAUCACAUCGUUACCCAUAAGAAGAAGGUCGGAAUUGAAAUAGGAAAGGUUGCCGCGGAAAAAUCUCGCGGACUCUUCAGCGCUGAAGACUGGCAGUGUAGCAAAUGCGCCAAUGUAAAUUGGGCUCGACGGCAUACAUGCAACCUGUGUAAUGCUCCGAGAUUUUGCGAGAUCGAAGAACGAACCGGAUACGGAGGAGGCUACAAUGAUCGCGGUGUUGUUGAGUACAAAGACCGGUCAGACUCGGACGACGAAUAUGACGAAUUUGGCCGCAGAAAGAAGAGAAAAUCCAGCUCUUCUUCUCGAGCUCGGUCGUCUAAAGAUAGCCCAUCAAAGAGUAAAAAGCCGCGCCAAGCUGAAGAGGACGAUGAAGAUGAAGAUGACGAUGAAGAUGAUGACAAUGGAGAUCUCUCGAAAUAUGAUCUGUGGGGUUCUGACACAGAGGAUGUAAGCAAAAGUGAGAAACGUGUUGAACCCAAAGAUCACAAGGACGAUUACUCCUCAAGCUCAAGUUCAAGCUCCAGCUCAAGCUCCAGCUCAAGCUCUGAAUCUAGUUCAUGCUCUCGAUCAAGAUCAAGAAGCCCUCGUGGUCGCACGGAACGCAAUCAAGAUCGUCAAUCGAAUCAUCGCUCCCGAUCCAGGUCAAAUUCUCCACGCUAUAAGCGUCACAAUUCAUCGUCCUAUCGUCGCUAAUUUUCUUAAUGCCAUGAAGCAAAACUUCGUCUGCUAAAUAUGCUCACCAAAUUGAAUCCAUAUAAUAAUAAUAAAUAAUAAUAAUAAUCAACAAAUAUUUUUUACAUUUUGUCAACAAUGAAAAAAAUCACUUAUUGUUUCGAUAUUCCAACAUACCUACUAUCUGUUAUGUGUGUGAAUUAAGAUAAAAUAACUUAUGAAAAUCAA